UAUUAAAAAAACAUUAUAAAAUGUAGCUUUAUGCUGAGAAAAAAAAGGAGAUGAGGAUCAAAGCCGAGAGGAUUGACCAAAGAACCGGCCUGAUCAAAUGAAAUGCAUAGGCAAAUCCUGGAGUGUUUGACCAUAUCAAAAGGUCAACUCCUUCAAGUGGCUACCUUUUGGCUAUAAACAAAACACAAAGACCAUGAAUACAAGUCCCUCUAUAUAUCGGUUCUCUUACAAUACGACAACCCAUAACUUUCAACCUCAAAAACAAAACCUCUCUCUCUCUCUCUGCAAAAAUAUGAAAACAUCUCUAAUCAUUUCUUGUUUCCCAAUAAUCCGUAGACGCCAAGCAAUUGUCACGAUAGUUUUCUUUGAGUGUGGAUCCACCAAAACCCUACGUGACUCCAAGAAACAUGUCGCCGGAGAAAUCAUGUUUGAGUUUCCUGAUCAAAUCGUGUGCCAUGCAGAUUCAUUCUUCAUCGGCCGUCCGGUUCCAGCUCUAGCCAUGGACGACUAUCUCAUCCCAGGUCAAACAUAUUUCGUCUUACCAAUCGAACGUUUCGCCUACAGAAUCUUAACCACUUCGUGUAUCUCCAUCUUCAACUCUAGUCUCGAAAAUGCUCCCUCGACUAAACCACCGCCAUUGAAUUUCACCGCCCCGUCGAGUCCACCACCGUUCGAGUAUUCAAAGGGACUAAACGGGAAGAUUCUAAUAAAAGUUUCUCCUCAUUUUAUCAUGAGUCUUAUAUGCAAAAGGAGAAACAUCAGCGAAGACGAGGUAAUAAUAGAUUGUGCUGAAAGCAAAGACAUUUGUAAUUCUCCCGAGUUAAAGAAGCAUUAUGAUCAGCUUGUCGGAACGAGAGAGCAUGUAUGGUCGCCGAAGUUGCAGACGAUCUCUGAGCAUGAGAUUAGGGUUUCUCCACUAAGGUUCUUGGGGAUUGUUCGGAGGCAACAAGAAGUGAAUUGAUCAAGUCAUGAAACAUAUUAUAAUUUAGAUAUAUAUCUAUUGUAUAUGUUUAGUCAAAAUUGGAAAGAUAAAAAAAAAGGAAAAAAACAAAGUAUUAGAGUGGUUAGUUGGAUGUUUGGUUUGUAUUGUUUGGUUACAAGCUAGUCGUCAUGCAUGAACAAGUUGACUAUUUGCAUGUUUAUGUAGCAUUUCAAUGAAGUAUUUAAUCUGUUAAUUUGCGAGGUGCUCCAACAUGUAGAUAUGAAUAUUAUGAUAUAUGGUUCAUCCUUGACAAUUCAAA